AUUGGAAAAAUAGGAAGCCAAUUCAAAUCUUUGUCUACCUUAAGACUUUCUUCACUGUGGGAUGUUUUGGCAUCAUACACCUGUCAGAUACUGAUUUCAUGCUUCAUUCUAUUCGUUAUUAUCUGUGGGAGAAAUAAAAAAACUAAUUAUGGUUUUUCAUAUACGUGAAAUUACCAGCUUACUAGUAAAAUAUGGAUGUGAUUCAUUCCUAAAACACAAUUACAAUAUUAUUCUAACAAGAAGUGCUUCAUCUCGUCCAUUUAAAAUACCGGAAACAAAUACAAGAUGUGAUGAGCUACAACCAGAACCAUCGAACCAACCAAUUAUGACAUCAAGAAAACUUCAACCUCCGGUUUACUGUUCUGCUAAUUCUCGUGGUUCUCGAUUAACAUGGUUAGAAACAUUGAAACCACUAGGCGUUUCAAAAUCUUCCAAUUCUCAAAGUUUACUUGGCAUGAUUGAUUUGCAUCCAGAUAUAUUUGCUGUAUUUCCACGUAUCGAUUUGGUGCAUAAAAAUUUAUACUGGCAAGCUCAUUAUCGGUUAAUUGAUUGGCGUUGUAUAACAACACGAGCAGAAUUAUCCUAUCGAACUAGAAAAAAACCUUGGCCUCAAAAAAAAACUGGAAAAGCUCGACAUGGUAAUCGUCGUACUCAUAUAUGGCUCAAUGGAGGACAGUGUAAAGGCCCACGUGGACCAGAGUCUUUUUUCUAUCUUCUCCCUUAUAAUGAACGCCUUGCUGGUUUAUUAUCAAUGUUAUCUAUAAAGCAUGCACAGAAUGAUUUACAUAUUGUUGAUGAUUUUAUGCUUUCAAAAACGUUGGAAGAAGAUGCUAAAACUAUUUUAACUGAAGCACAAACUGCUUCUCUUAACUUGAAUGAUUUGGAAGAUCCACUCUCUGCACUUAAUAAAACACGUCAUUAUCGUUUAACUAAAACAAUGAACGAAGCAGCAAUAUAUAUUCGUCAAUUGGCAGAUCUACGUUGUUGGGGUCCAUCUAUUUUGUUUGUCGAUGCACAUUCUCCAGCAAGUCAAUUGGCAGUCCCAUGUCCUGGGAGCGAAAACAUUGAUAAUGAUAAAACAGACAACAUGAACUCUAGUUAUGAUAAUCUAGCAAUUAGUUUGGCAUGCGGUUCCUAUGAAAAUCAUGUGAAGAGCGAGAUUUCACCGGAGUCAUCAGCAUUCAAACUUGAUUCUAUUGCUCCACGAGCUACUCAUCCUGGUAGAGGUUUAACAUUAAUGCCAGUUCACAGUUUAAAUGUUUGGUCUAUGGUACAUCAUGACACAUUAGUCAUAUCAUUAAAGGCGUUAGAAAUGUUAGAAGAGAGACUUAUCGCUGCCCAAACUGUUGUAGUUCGUGACGAGUACAGCGAGGCACCGUAUUUGCAUCCUACAACUCCUGAUUGGUUCACUGCUGAAGUGGAUGGACAAGCGGAUGACUAUGUAAAUAAAUCGUUUGAGAACAGACACUUUACUGAUAUUAUAGGCUCAUCAAAAUGGCGAAGAGAUACUCUUUGAUUUGUCCACCUUACAGUUAUGAUUUAUAUUAUUUCCUAAGCCAAUAAAUCAUAAUCCUACUAAUUUUUUUGUAUUAACUGUUGCGUCAUGUAGUGGGUG